UCUUUAUUUUCCUCUAUAAUUUACUGCGAAGAAAGGAAUUUUAAUAUCACACGAACUAUAGCUUUCUAUAAAGGUGAUCAAUUUAUAAUUCCGUCAUCGAUGUGUGACCGAACGUCUUCUCAGUCAGAUUGUCAAAGAUUUCACAUAAGAGCAUUUACAAUUGCAAGCAAAUGUGAAUGUUAUUGUCCUUACGAUGCUAGUACUUUUGGCUUUGAUGCUGGGUCCUGGAGUUGUAGGGAAAAUAUUGCAUUCCGAAUGCAAGCAGGGUGCACGUACAAGUUCCGAUCCGAGCAUGAUAGUUUUCCCAUUCAAGUGUGGGAAACACUACGGCAGCAACCACAGUUUAUAGUGAGUCUACCCUCGGAUUCUUGUAAGAUUGACAUCGCAUCAUCAAGAUACUUGAAUUGUGAUGGUUCUUGGUCCACAUUGGGUUUGAACGAGAACUCUGAUGUUUUUCAACUACUACGACUUCCACGAAACGAUAAUGAACCUCACUGGGAUUACGAGCUUAAGAUAUCAAAAAGCUCCCUGGCUGGAAGGGUUGUCCGUCUUCAGUGCUACUGUACAACCCCUUCACAAUCGUCUUGUGUUUUAUUUAAGAUCGCAGGAGAAAUUAAAUGAGGUCCCGUUGUCUUACGGCGCUCUCCCUCAACUCCAAACCCUGGAAGCAAUUUAACUAAGUCCUCAGGUCCCAGAAACCAGACGCACCACGGUCAUCAAAGUGGAUCAUCAUCAUCAUCACCGGGAACGAUAGCAGCUGUUGUCAUCAUCGUAAUCCUUGUCGUCAUACUAGCUGCAGUUAUUGGAUUCGUUUUGUGGAAGGAAAAAAGAGGUGAAAAUGUAUUGUUAAUGGACAAAAUGUUGAGCAUUGUAAAAAGGGCGCCCUCGACUUCAUCAACUUCAGCGGUAGCUGAAAAAACAGACGAAGAGGUCUAUACAGAAAUACCUGACCAUCUAACACAAACACAAACACCAAGACAAACAGUGACAAAAACAGAUGUGUUGAUUAGAACGACUGGAAUCAACAACUAUGCUUUUAAAGACCCUCUUCCUCAACCAAUUUAUGCUUUGCCAGAAGAACAUUAUGCAUCGCUUAUACGCACCUCUCAGAUUUCGAUGGCACAAGAGGAACCCCUCACAGAUGAUGAGGGGUACUUGGAACCGAGGCAAUUUCCUGAUUAUGUUGAGUUUGAAGGCUCUGAGGAACAGGUUACAGAUACCAGGAAUACAGAGAAGAAGACAACCAACAUUGAAAAAGAACAGGAUCAAAAUGAACAGCGAAAUUCUUCUAAUGGAGGUGGUGAGGAGAGCAGUGAUGCUGCUGUUGUCUAUGCAUGUGAAAACAAGGAAGGGACCUCCAAAGCCACCAACAGCGCGGUCUAAUGAUGAUGAUAAGGAGCAGGAUAAGAAACAGCAUGAGCAGCAAACUUCUUCUAAAAGUAGUAGUGAGGAGAGUAAUGCGACUCCUAUAAUAGACCUCUUUACCUUGGAGGCAAUGUUUUAGUUCCAUUUCAGACCACGUGUCAUUUUUCUAGAGAAUAAAAUUCUUUAUUUGAUGCGCAACCUUUAAACCGAAAUUCUCUACUUUCCCAUAGCCCAUAAUGCUUUGGACCUUGGGGGAAACCAAUCAAAAAAAUGUCCCAAAUUGAACGUACUUCAACUGAAUAUAUACAAUGCCUGCUCUAGCUUAUCUGUACAAUACUGAUUAUCAGUUUAUUCCGAGUUAAUUUUGCACGUUCAGAAUAUCAAGAAGUUUGGUGUUACAGAAAAUGUAUUAUACGAAAAAAUAUUUAAAAUUUACUUAAACGAGGUAUUUACUUCAAACGAGGUAUUUUCAACAUUGUCUGAACCGCGUGCGCUUUUUGUGCGUGGUACCCCCAAAAAACUGCAGAGUAUUAUGGGUAUAGGAAAGUAGAAAAAGACGAUACUCUAAGGAAUGACACGUGGUCUGAAAUGGCAAAACAUUAACCCCUUAUGCUAAAGAGGUCUAUGCAUGUGUAAACAAGGUACGGAGAAGUUACCAACAGCGCCGUCUAAUGAGGAUGAUACAGAGCAGGAAAAGAAAUUGAAAGCAUGCGCAUGAACAGUAGACUAUGCAACGGGGGUGGUGAGAGGAGUAGAGUGACGCCCCUUUGUGCAUCCAUAAACAAGAAUAGAAAACUUCCAGCGUCACCAACGAGGCCGUCCACUGACGAUAUACUAUACGAUAUACUGCAAGUUAAGCUUUAUAAAUGUUAACGCAUGCAAAUCAUACGCAAUAUAAUUUAGCAAGCAUCGAUUUUAAAGUACAUAUAUCAUUUUUAUAAUUUUAAAUUCCUUUUUUAUACUGCCGGCAUUUAAAGUCAUCAGUAGCCUUAUAUAUGUAAUUUCAAAUUAUUUGUAUUCUAUUUAUUAUAUUCUUAUGUAUC